AUGGUUUUAUAUUCAGCAAUGAAGAUAUUAAUAUUCUCUUUCAAUUGCAUCACCUUUAUGGGAGGAACUGCCUUAUUUGGAAUGGGAGUCUGGAUUAAAGUGGAUGCUGGAUAUGUAUUUGUAAUCCUGUGGAACAUAUCAGUGCCCCUGAGGGUGGUAGAGAAUGUAUCGUACCUCUGCAUUUUAAUAGGUUCGCUGUUAAUCAUCAUUGGCUUCCUGGCGUGUUACGGGGCACGGAAAGAAAACAAGUACAUGUUGCUGACAUUCUUCUUGAUCAUGCUCGUGAUCUUCCUGGCUCAGCUUGUGGCUGGUAUGACUUUCAUGCUGUUUUCGAGCCUGUCUGAAGUGUUAAUGGACCAUAUUCAAAAUUGGUUCCAGAAGUUCAUUAAAAAUGACUACGGUAGAGAUAAGGAGAUAACUGACACAUUUGAUAGUCUGAUGCAAAAGUUCAGAUGUUGUGGAAUCAUGGGCUAUAUCGAUUUUGAAAACUCAUAUUUCACCAACACUACAAAUACUUACCCCGGAUCAUGCUGCUUCAGUUCUGGUCCUUGCAUUAUACCUCAUAGGGUGCAGAGUUGCAAUAACUUGUUACGGAACUUUCUGUGGAAAAACCUUACUCUGUUUGGUAUGUUUGCCUUGGGAACAGCUCUAUUUGAGAUCGGAGCAAUGGCCACAUCCAUGAUAAUGUACUGUCAAGUCAGAAAGAAGCUAAUCAAAACAUGAGAAUGGAGAAAAAACUAUGCUUGCAACACUAGUUAAUUUAUGGUUUCUUCCAUUUGAUUGCA